GACGAGACAACAUAAAAUGGCGUUGUUUGACGCAAAUAAGUGAUAAAGUAAAGAGUUGUUAUUUUGUUUACUUAAGCAGACAGCCCGCAGAUUUUAAAUUGCGUAGUUCCUAAUUUAGUGUUGUUCACCGUCUAAGAGUUAUCAACUUCUCUCCUUUCACUAGUAGUGCACUUUCUUAUCUACUAUCAACUAGUACUUGCACUUAACACUAAUCAGUUGGGCUAAGUUCACUAACACUAUGGUGGAUGCCACACCACUUCGACCAAUGAAACUGAAUGUGCACACUGGUAAAAAGAUGAAAGAAGAACGUCAGCCUUUAUUAGUCGGUGGCCCAGAACACCAGGAAAACUAUGAAAGCCGGGCAGUGGCACGUCCAGACUUGCGGGAGUCUCCGGACAACGUAGUCGUUCACUUGCCCGGACCCCUGGACCACCAGAGUAGUCCGGACUUGCUCAAGACUUCCGGAGGCAAAAGCUGCAAUGAGGACUACAACCCAAUUAUGAACCGGGACUUGGAGCAUCCCACUUCGAACCUGGACACCAUGAUCCAUUUGUUGAAGGGUAAUAUUGGGACGGGAAUCUUGGCGAUGCCUGAUGCGUUCCACAAUGCUGGUCUGCUCGUAGGCACGUUGGGAACUAUGCUGAUGGGCUGCAUCUGUACCCACUGCAUGCACAUGCUGGUGAACUGUUCACAUGAGCUGUGUAUGAGGCUCCAGGUUCCAGCUCUGGGAUUCUCAGAGGUCUGUGAACAUGCCUUCGCCACGGGUCCUCAGAGUGUGCGGAACUUCUCUCGUAUCGUAAGAUUCGUCACCAAUAUGUUCCUGGUCAUCACCCAGCUUGGCUUCUGCUGUGUCUAUUUUGUAUUUGUUGCUGCAAAUCUCAAAGAUGUUGUGGCUCACUACUGGUUAGACAUUGACAAGCACUGGUAUCUACUGGCUCUGCUUCUGCCCAUGAUAGUGAUGAAUUGGAUAAACAACCUCAAGUGGUUGACGCCGGUGUCGCUGUUUGCUGCUCUACUUACCUCGUCUGGUCUCGGAAUCACGUUCUUCUACAUGCUGCAAGGUUUGCCCCGAACGUCAACAGUUCAGGCGUUCGCCUCCUGGGGUCAGCUACCUUUGUUUUUUGGGACAGCAAUUUACGCUUUUGAGGGCAUCGGAGUUGUACUGCCUCUGGAGAACAACAUGAAGACACCCCAAGACUUUGGAGGUCUGACAGGAGUUCUGAAUACAGGAAUGGUUAUCGUAGCUUGUCUAUACACUGCUGUUGGCUUCUUUGGCUACCUCAAGUACGGAGAACUUACAAAACUGGGCAGUAUUACACUGAAUCUGCCUCAGGGUGAAUUGCUGGCACAAUCAGUGAGGUUAAUGAUGGCUGUAGCUAUUUUUCUGUCUUACGGACUACAGUUCUACGUUCCCAUGAGUAUCAUCUGGCCGCCGAUCAAAGCUCGCAUUGCAGAUGAACAGAAUCAGAGAAUCGCUCAGCUGCUGAUUCGAACUGGUCUUGUCAUCAUAACAUUUGGUCUAGCCGCAGCCAUCCCUAACUUGUCGGAUGUCAUCUCUCUCGUGGGAGCCGUGAGUAGUUCAACACUCGCGCUCAUCUUCCCUCCGAUCAUCGAGAUUGUCACUUUCUACGACAAGGGUCUCUCUCGCGCGACCAUCGCCAAGGAUCUGUUCAUCAUGAUGUUCGGCAUCCUCGGCUUCAUCACCGGCUCUUACACCAGCCUGCGCAAUAUACUCUCGCCCAAGAGUUAGAUAAUAGGUUCGCUUUAGUACUUUGUACGUAUUACUUUUACAUUCGCUUUUAUUAUGGUUUAGAGUAUUAUUGCAUGUCAAUAUUUUCUGGCACAAUUUCUGUGUUGUAUACCACAAUUAUUAGUCCAAGAAUGAAAUGAAUGAAUGGUGUUGUAAGCUCUAAGAGUGUUUGGCGCUUAAAGUUUGUUCAAUCGUCAUUUGAUACAAGACAAUUGUGAUACAAUUCCAUUGAGAAUACUUGUUGAGAACUUUCUAUCUAUAUGAUUGUAUUGUGAAUAAUUUUCUUAAAUAGUACUGCGGUUCCUUAUUUGUUAAAAAUGCGGAUUUUUACUUCUAAAAUCUUAUUUUCAUGCGUUAUUUUAUCAUUAUCUUUUACCGCUGAAAUAUUUGUCCACAGUGUUUUAUUUAAUUUAUAUUUUAUUAUCGACAUAAGAGAAUUUCUUGAAAGUUGCUGGAAUUUCUCCUAAUAUAUCAAUUCAGCUGUACACCUAGCUAGAGUACUCAAAUUCCUUGUUUUUCAAUAUUUCUCCACGGUUACAUAUAUUCUCGAUGGUUUAAAUGUUAACAGAUUGUAUGGACUAAAGGAUAUUUAUUAGUUUGUUACAUUUUCUUAUAAAAAAAUCAAACUUAUAAAGUUCAUUAACAUAAUACACAUUUGUUCUUCACUGAGUUUAUCAUAACAUCAUUCGCUGCGAUCACACACAUUUAGUCAACAUAACAUUGUAGGCAGCACAAAUAAGUUUAAUGUUGUAAAUAGCUGUGCUACCUUAGUGGUUGAAAGAUGUUUUCUUUCAAAUGUGUAAGUUUUUAUCUAUAUGUCUAUUAACAAAGCAAGACAAUAACGGUAGAUUAGUGUUUUUAGGUGUGUCGUCAGUAGGAUUAUUUGUUGUUCACUGUGAUAACACUAAAUAAUUUAGAGUUGUUUUCUCUCUAUAUAAUUGUGAUGGUAUAUAAUACCAAAAGACAUUUGUAGCCGAAAUCCCAACUAAAGCACAAUAUUUCUGUAAUAUCUCCUUCCUGUGAACCAUCUGAAAAAUAAUUUCUCCCUGUCUUCUCUUUGGAAACAACGACUCUAAUCAUAAUCUGAUUCACAAAAUUUAAAUUUUGAAACAUCUGAAUGUAGGUAUUUGCAAAUGUUUGGGAUUAAGGCUUGUGCUGUAAAAUGGUACUUUUAUUUUUUAAUAUUUAAAUAGGCUAUUUUUAUUUAUUAGUUUAUGUUAAACUGAUGUCGGUUCUUUGAUUUCUGUUUGGGUUCGAGCAGAAAUUACAAUACAGUAUUACCAAAGAUCAUUUUAGAUUGUAUGUUUACAAAUAGUUUGAACAAAUAAAUGAAUCAAAUUUCUGAAUAAAACACAAAUAUACUUAAAUUAAUGAUUUGAGUACCUACUAUCCAAGAUAAAAAAAUAAAAAAAUGAUUGAAUUUUCAUAUAUUAAAUUAUAUUAAGUUUAGGUAUUUUAUUCCAACCUAAAACUGAUUGUUUUCGUGCUUUCCAUACCCAGAAAUCAAAUGUAUGUGUAUAAAAAAUGUUGUUUGUAUAAUGUUAUAUAUUAUAUUGUAGUUUUAAAACCUUGUUGAUAUAUCAUCUGUCGUCUUUCAUUUUAUUGUUUUGUCAAUCCCUACUUAAGGAUUAUGAUAAGUUAAUCGUCAUUGUGUAAUUUAUCAUUUAUAAUUCCUUGAUGUAAUAUUUUAUUAAAAAAAUUAGUAGAAAAGUAAGAGCCUAUAAGUUAGGGAGUUUUAUAUAUUUUUGUUUUAAAUAAAAACCAUUUUUCAAAUAUAAACUUGUACUUCACAAACAUAUUUUACCAUUAUAUUUUUGUUUACCAACAACUGAAAAUGUAAUUACAGCUUAGUUAACACUCUACAGUCAAAUUUGUUUUACAUAGAAAUAAUUUUACUCUUAGGAUAAUUAUUUACUUCAUUUUUCAUAUAUAACUUUAGACUCAGUUUCAAAAUUAUUUUAAUAACAGAAAUACGAAACUUGUUCAAAAGAAAAUUAUUAGUUUGUGAGGUACAGUUUUAUAUAAGGAAUAAAUCUCCUUAAAUUGUUUGAUUUACCGGUUAAGAACCCCUGUAAUAUCCACUUAUUAAUUUAUAUAUAAUUUAUUUAUUUCAUCAUUUCCAUCUCAUUCCACCCUCCAACUUUCAUGUAAUAAUCUUAUUUCUGUAAAUUAUUUUGUAUUAUUUUAAGAAGCAACCUGUCACAUGUUCACUGCAUAUUACAAAUCUAUUUUAAUAAAUUUUUUUAUUUAA